AUGGCGAGGGAGAAGAUCAAGAUUAGGAAGAUAGAAAACACGACCACGAGGCAGGUGACCUUCUCGAAACGGAGGAGGGGCCUGUUCAAGAAGGCGGAAGAGCUGGCCAUACUCUGUGAUGCCGAAGUAGGGGCGAUCGUCUUCUCCUCCACUGGCAAGCUCUCCGAAUAUUUUAGCAACAGGUGCAGAUCCUUUCCUUUUAGUCCUUUUAGACGGUGUUGCCUUCUCUCUUUCUUGCCGCAUCCCUCAUCCAGCAGUCCAUAUCCCGUUCGCGUGGGUGCAAGCGUUGCCGUCUAUCACAUGCUAGUUGCGGAAUUUUCCUCACUCUUCUCUCUACUCUUAUCUUUCUCGGUCUGA